AUGAUAAAACUCAUUUCCAAUAUCUUGCUAGUAACCAUUCUACUUGGUACGUAUGUUUCAGCUGUUCGUAUUGGUUCAUUUAAUUUACAUCAAUACGGAAGUAAAAAAGCAGCUAAUGCAACAUUGACCCAUACUGUUGCUCAAAUUAUUAGUGACUUCGAUUUGGCAAUUAUUCAAGAAAUUAGUGAUGUUUCAUUAAAAGCUCCUUACGUUUUACAUGAAGCACUCAAUCAAAUUUCGACGUCAAAUUCAUACACUAUGACAUUAAGUGGUCGUGUUGGACGUUCAGCAACAAAAGAACAAUUCAUUUUCUUCAAUCGUGAGGCUACAUCAGGUGUUGAAGUAGUUCAGGCUUAUCUUUAUGAUGAUGUUGAAGAUCGUUUUGAACGACCACCUUUUAUUGGUACCUUCAAAGUUAAAAAUCCAGUGAAAUCAGGUGUUGAAUUCUUUACUGUUAUGGAUGUUCAUUUACGUCCUGAUGAUGCGUACGUAGAAUUACUUAAUAUGCGUUAUGUUAUCGAAGAUUUUAUUGCGGGAAAUCCAAAAUAUUUCGAUGAAACACCAACAUCACUUGCCAGUGCGUUGGAACAGAAUGUUAUUAAUGCAACAGUUACUAAUAAACCAAGUUUGAAAACGAAUCACCCUAUUUUGAUUGUUGGUGACUUCAAUGCUGAUUGUUCAUACAUUUCACUUAAACGUCAACAAUCCCUUCGAUCCAUCGACUAUACUGACUUCACAUGGAUAAUUAACAAUGAAGUUAAAACAAACACACGACAAACAUGCACAUAUGAUCGUAUUUUUAUCAAUGGUGAUAAAUUUGUUAACGCUAUCGUACCAAAGAGUAAUACAACUGUUAACUAUCAAAAACAAAUGGGUAUGAACUUGGAAGAAGCUUUACGUGUUAGUGAUCAUAUGCCAGUUAAAUUCGAUAUUGAAUGGUAA